GUCUAGUUCCGGACGCGGCGGCUACCGCCGCCAUCUGUCACCUUAAUUCCGGCUCCUACCGCCGGUCGCUGCUAUUCUUCCCGUCUCGGCGGGAUCUGCUUCCCGUCCUGCCACCUAGCUGCUCUGUUCUUGUCUCCGCCUUCUUCCCCCAAUGGAUCUGGUGGGAGUAGCAUCCCCUGACCCUAGGCCCACAGCGGCCUGGCAACCCAGCAAGUGUCCAUGGGCUACUCCUCAAAAGACAAUGUCCUGCUCUUUAUCUGAUGUAAUGAGUGAACAACUGGCUAAAGAACUGCAGUUAGAAGAAGAAGCUGCUGCUUUUCCUGAAGUUGCUGUCACUGAAGGACCAUUCAUUUCGGGGGAAAACGUUGACACUUCCAGCGACCUGAUGCUGGCUCAGAUGCUGCAAAUGGAGUUUGACAGAGAAUACGAUGCCCAGUUGAGGCGUGAAGAAAAAAAAUUCAAUGGCGACAGCAAAGUUUCCAUUUCCUUUGAAAAUUACCGAAAAGUGCAUCCCUUUGAAGACAGCGACAGCUCUGAAGACGAAGUUGACUGGCAGGACACUCGCCACGACCCCUACAGGCCAGCAAAACCAGUUCCCACUCCCAAAAAGGGUUUUAUUGGAAAAGGAAAAGAUAUCACCACCAAACACGACGAAGUGGUGUGCGGCAGAAAGAAUACAGCAAGAAUGGAAAAUUUUGCCCCUGGGUUUCAGGUAGGAGAUGGAAUUGGAAUGGACUUAAAACUAUCAAAUCAUGUUUUCAAUGCUUUAAAACAACACGCCUACUCUGAAGAACGCCGGAGCGCCCGCCUGCAUGAGAAAAAGGAGCAUUCCACUGCAGAAAAAGCAGUUGACCCUAAGACACGCUUGCUCAUGUAUAAAAUGGUCAACUCUGGGAUGCUGGAGACGAUCACUGGCUGCAUCAGCACCGGGAAGGAAUCGGUCGUCUUCCACGCAUAUGGAGGGAGCAUGGAGGAUGGAAAGGAAGACGUUAAAGCUAUACCUACAGAAUGUGCCAUCAAGGUAUUUAAAACAACCCUUAAUGAGUUUAAGAAUCGUGACAAAUACAUUAAAGAUGAUUUCAGGUUUAAAGAUCGCUUCAGUAAACUAAAUCCACGUAAGAUCAUCCGCAUGUGGGCAGAAAAAGAAAUGCACAAUCUUACAAGAAUGCAGAAAGCUGGAAUUCCUUGUCCAACAGUUGUACUUCUUAAGAAACAUAUUUUAGUGAUGUCUUUUAUUGGCCACGAUCAAGUUCCAGCCCCUAAAUUAAAAGAAGUAAAGCUCAGUAGUGAAGAAAUGAAAGAAGCCUACUAUCAAACACUUCAUCUGAUGCAGCAGCUGUAUCACGAGUGCACGCUGGUACACGCCGACCUCAGCGAGUACAACAUGCUGUGGCACGCCGGAAAGGUCUGGCUGAUUGAUGUCAGUCAGUCAGUGGAGCCGACUCAUCCUCAUGGCUUGGAGUUCCUGUUCCGGGACUGCAGGAAUGUCUCCCAGUUUUUCCAGAAGGGAGGCGUGAAGGAAGCCCUGGGUGAGCGGGAACUUUUCAAUGCUGUUUCGGGCUUGAACAUCUCGGCGGAUAAUGAAGCGGAUUUCUUAGCUGAGAUCGAAGCUUUGGAGAAAAUGAAUGAAGAUCACGUUCAGAAGAACGGGAGGAAAGCGGCUGCGUUUCUGAAGGACGAUGGCGGCCCGCCAGCACUGUGCCCCGAGUAGCGUCAGGACCCCAGGACCCCGUUCUGGCGUCGCCGCGGGCCUAUCCACCGUCCGUGGCAAGGGAAGCGCGGGCACUCAAAGUCCCCGGAGUGCAGGAGCGGACCAUGGUGCUCCUGUGUGUUUCUCUCUCGUAACCCAUGUGCCAGAUGUGUGGAACUUUUAGCUUGACAUUAAGAGAAUAAAAUGUCACUACCUCUCAUCUUCCAAACAGGAUAAUAGAAUUCUUUAACAACUGAAGGGCAAGGAGCUGAGGGAGACUGAAUUAACUAUACAUGACUUGUGAUACAAAAUGUUGUGCUGAGAAUUUUAAAACAGUAUCUAAAUAUGUAAGGGAAGGUCAGGUGUGUUUACAAGGGAGGUUUGGUGACAACAUCUUGGCUUGCUUCACCUUUUUUUGUGUUGCAUUUUUCCUCAAAUACCUUGUCACUCUCAAAUGAGCCCUUCCCAGUUCUCUUUCCAGACUGACCAUGAUCCUAAAGGAAAAUGUCUCUCCUGGGGGAGAAUAGUGAAAGUGGAGAUUCAGGUAGGGGGUGGAGAUGGACAUACAUAUUGGUGCAUCAUGAAAAUGAGUGGAAUUCUGCUUUUUUUCAUGUCAUAUCUAAGCAAAACCAUCAUGGCUUUUGGAAAGAGAAAUUGUCUGAAAACUUCUUACCCAGCCAAAUUUCAAAAUUUACCUUCCAGUUUUUCUAAACUUUCAGGUUAAAGGGCAGGGCUAUCUGUACCUGGAGGUGCUGAGCCCUGCAUUAUAAUAAAGUGUAAAUGAUCUGGAAGAGUGUAAGACCUGGCUGUGUUUUAAUGCAGUCGGCGAAACAAAUUUCAGUUUUCAUUUCACUAAAACUGGAUACUUAUUGUUGAUAGAUUUUGAGAGAAGUAAAACAAAUUAAUUAGAGAUAUUAAAAAUGUAUAAAACAAGUUGGGCACCAAAUUCAGCAACUCAUGUGAACUAACUGGCCCCAUUUCUAAUAUUCUUAGCCUGUGGUGGACACUACUCUUAAAAAGCAAGCCCUGUGCUGGAAAGCACAUUGGUUCUGUGGGAAGGAAAUUCAGGACUCGGGUAAUUGCUCUCCAGUCACUGAGGUCAGCUUGCAGCCACUGAAGACCCAAACACUCUGGUAGUAAAAGGAAAAAUCUAGACACGAUUUGCAUUUGAAAGCUUCUCUUUUAACAUUAUUUCAUAAUGCCAAAUCUGUUCUUCCUAAAAAAUAUUUAUUUUUUGUUUCUGUUAUAGCUUUUAAUGCAUUUCAGAGUGUGAUUUUGGAUUUGGAUUGAACCAUUACUAUUUGGAAAUGUUUACUAUGUUGAAACAGAUUUACAUGACUGGUAAUUAUUGACAAAUUUCAGAGAACUAAUUUUUAAAAAUUUUUUGUUUUGUUUUCUAACAUAAUGCUGUUGGACACAAAGCAGCAAAGCAUUGCUUGGAGUGUGCUGUGGACAUGACUUUUAAGAAAUUAAAAAUGCAGAGAUCAUUUUAGAA